UGUAGUGGGGAUCGGGUGUAUAAAGUGAGGGCAGUUGCGCAAGCGAGGACUCGCAGAGCAGAGCAGAGGAUAACGAGCCGUAGAAGAGGGCAAAGGCAAACCCUAAAAAAAAGAUGGAUCGGUACCAGAGGGUGGAGAAGCCAAGGGAGGAAGCCCCUGUAAAUGAGAAUGAGAUUCGAAUCACAGCACUGGGAAGAAUGCGUAGCUACAUCACAUAUGCCGCCAGUCUGCUUCAGGAAAAAGGUUCAGGCGAGAUUGUCUUCAAGGCAAUGGGAAGAGCUAUAAACAAAACAGUGAUGAUUGUGGAGCUAAUUAAGAGAAGGAUUGUGGGUCUUCAUCAAAUUACUGCUAUUGGAUCUACUGACAUUACAGACACAUGGGAGCCACUAGAAGAAGGCCUGCUUCCGCUUGAAACCACCAGACAUGUCUCGAUGAUCACAAUAACACUGUCUAAAACCGAACUGGAUAAGAACUCUGUUGGGUACCAAACUCCAUUGCCUGCUGAUCAGGUGAAACCAUGGGGUGAAUUCGACCAUGGAGGAGAUGCUUUACCCAGUGGUCGAGGUAGAGGACGUGGUGGCCGGGGCAGGGGACGGGGUCGAGGUUUGGGGUCUAUCUGCAACCAUAGAAGUACACAAGGGGCUCUAAACCACAAUUGGGCGAUUGGGGGCCCGGGGGUGAAAAGGGGGGGGGGCCGUGCAUAUAGGACUGGAUCUCAAUUGGAGUCGUGGAUUAUGGUAGAUGGCCCGAAGGCGGGUGGUAGAGGUCGUGGCUUCCGAGGCCGUGGUAGAUGGUCGUUCAUGGUGAACCAGCCUGAUUACCAGCAAGAUGCUGGUGGAUACAAUGACGAAGAAGCACCUGUUCUUAUGCAGGGUGGAGAUAAUGGAGUCGUGGAUAAAGAUGAUAUCUUUUGCAAAAUUUUUGCAAAAGAAUUUGGUUUCAGUUUUUACGUAGUUACUCCCAUGAUAUUGGCUUGUAGGUCGCGUGGGCGGGGGCAGAACCGUGGUAGGGGACGCAAUGGCAGACCAAAUGGACCGAUCCAUGAAGGUAAUGGAGGAGCAUGAUUGGAAUAAGUUAACGAGGUUUUUUUGUUAUUUGUGAAAGCGUUCGUUCGAACGGCCGCUCCUCUAUAAAUGUUUUUUCUUGCUUGCUUGCUUGUUUUUUUUAUAGUUCAUAGGUUAACCAUAGUUUGUAUAAGCUGUCAGGGUUUUACCUGGUAAGUCAAUUUGUGUUUGUAGGAUUAGCUUAGCUGUGUUAUAUCUUCUGUUCAGUCAGAUGAAACUAACCGUGCAGCAUUUGGAAGAAUAGAGCAGUACAUUCUUUUAUCUGUUUUCCUCGAAAAGGUUUUGUCUAAUUGAUCACUCUAUGUACCGUCUGCCAUCUCUAACCAAGGAUUCGUUACGCGAUCCGGAUGAUGUAGAUGGUUAUCGUGUGUAUCUUUCUUCCUCUUGGCACCAAAGACUUGUAAUCUGUUGUCUUUAAAUCUGGAUUACACAAUUGGAUCAGGCCUCGGUUGUUAAUUUUAGUUUUUUUUUUUUUAAAUUUUAGCUUUUUUUAUAAGAGCUUAGCUUUUUGGGGAGAGAAUCUUCUUGUUUAUGUAAUGGAAGCCAGAAGCUUGUAAACUGAAACUGCUCGGACGUAGUAUGGAGAUUAAGUUUGUUUAUCGUC